AGGUUGUGUGAUCCUAACCACACUUUCGAUCUGUCAAAACAUGUCAACGUCACAAAUUGUAAAUACUAAAUAAAAAUGAAAAUGGAAACGCCGAAGAAAAGUUAUGCGGAACUGCAGGCCAGUCUGCAACAAGAACUGGAAAAAAUUAAACUGGAAGAGGAAACUCUGGUCCAAGAACUCAACAACUUUCACAGUCAAAGAGCGUAUUACCACGACAAAAUCAAAGGGCUCAACAAAUUGAUACCGACGUUAAAAAUCGUAAAACAGGAGGCUCAGGAGCUGGUCGGAACGAUUAAUGACAUAUCCGAUUCCUCCGAACAAAUCAGCGGUAAAAUUAGGCAACUGGACAUGGCCAGAAGCAACGUGGUGGAAUGUCAACAAAGAGUAAGUGACCUAAUCGACUUGGAAAUCUGCUCUCAAGGCGUCCAAGCGGCUAUCCUGGACUCGGAUUACGAAAAAGGAGCGGCACAUGUGCACAGAUUCUUGUCAAUGGACCAGUACCUUUUGAAAAGAACAGCAACAGACAUGGAGAAUGUUACAAACAUGAUGAAAUCAGUUCGCACACUGCAAGAUGCUGCUGGUCAGCUGAGAGCAAUAGUUGAGCACAAGUUUAAUGAGGCUGUGAAAUCUGAAGACUUGGUGGGCAUUGAGAGGUUUUUCAAGAUUUUCCCUUUGUUGGGUGUGCAUGAAGAUGGAAUCAGGGAGUUCUGCACUUAUCUGAGGACCAAACUGGCUGCCACAGCUGAUAAAAAUUUAAAAAGUGCCAUUAGCACACCUGUAGGGGACAAAAGGCACAGUAUUAUAUUUGCAGACACUUUAAACCUGUUGUUUGAAGGCCUGGCCAGAAUCAUAGACACUCAUCAGCCCCUGCUUGAGACCUAUUAUGGACCUGGCAGAUUAUUAUCCGCAAUCAGUAUUUUGCAAAAGGAGUGUGAUGUGCAAACUAAAAGGAUUAUUAAUGAGUGGAAGAGUGUAAGACAAAUCACCAAAAAGAUGCAAACAAUCACUGAUGUCUCAAGGAUGUCCACCACCUCCAGUUUUAGUAAAAUUGAAAAGAUUGACCCAAAAGAUUUGGACAUUCUCAUUGGAGAAGUCACAUUAAUGCAUUAUAGAAGUGAAUUGUACAUAAGGUUCAUCCACAGGAAGGUUAAUUCUGACAUGGAGGUGGGUAUUCCUGAAACAGAUGCCAAAACUGCAAUGUUGAAGAACUUGGAAUUACUGCUAAAAAACAGUGACUUAAGCCAAUCUAAGCAUGAGUUAUUGUCACAUUAUUUAAGAUUAGAGCAAUACUUUAUGGAGGAAUCAGUUGCUAAAGCUGUAAAUAUGGAUGUCUUAGAGGCAUCACAGCAAACUUCCAGCAUGGUUGAUGAUACGUUUUUCAUUGUCAGAAAAUGUAUUAGGCGCUCAAUAUCUACUGGAAGUUUGGAUGGAAUAUGUGUUAUCAUAAACAACGCUUGCCGAGUUCUGGAGAACGAUUUCUGCGAAAUUUUGCGUGGACGCCUCAAGCAGGGUUACCCUUCUGGAUAUCUGGACCUGACACAAGCUUAUAAUGUGCUUCAAUCUUCUAUACAACAGGGAAGACUGCAGUCUGGAGAUACUGAACAGUCAAGAACUGCUUUUAUUGUGGCUUUAAACAAUGCAGACGCAGCAAUUGAAUAUGUAGACACAUUGUGUGAUAGUGUGCUGAAAGAAAUUGAUCAAGCACUGCCCAAAAUGAACAGCAAUGAAAGGGGGAAGCUUGAGAGUUGCCUCUCAGGCCUUUCAUCAGUUACGACGAAUUUGAAAGAAGUUAUAGAAUAUGGAAUGCAACAGUUGAGGGCUAGUGCCAUUAAACCCAGAAUUAACCCAUGGGUUGAUGCUUUUCUGAAUGUCAAUCACCAGAUGACUGAGGACGAGAUAUCGACGUACGAAGCUGGUGAAACCUUCGUUCAGACUUUGAUCAUGAAUUUAGAUUCCUUACUGUCAUCGUUUAAAGACGUUUUAUCUCCCGCCAACUAUGACGCAUUUACGGCAGUUGUGACCGCAGAAGUGACCCAACGUUUUGAAAAAGUUGUUUUAAAGUCCACAUUCAAUAGGUUGGGAGGCUUAAUUUUGGAUAAAGAAGUGCGAUCUUUGGCAGGUUUUAUCACAACAACCACCUCCUGGUCCGUCAGAGAUAAAUUCGCCAGAUUGACUCAAAUAGCCACAGUAUUAAACUUGGAACAAGUGGGUGAGAUCAACGAUUAUUGGGGAAAUCACGAUGGUGCCCUCACUUGGAGGCUUACCCCAUCAGAGUUGAGAACCAUUAUGGCACUUAGGACUGACUUCAAAGUGGAUGAUAUUAGAAGAAUUAAACUGUAAACUUAGUCUUUUAUUUAAUUAUAUAUUAUUUAUAAUAAACUGUUUAUAAAUGU